UCUAGCACAUCUUAGAUGGGUUCGAACUCAAUGCCUUGUCAAUCGCGCAGUGAAGAUAGGAUCAGUAGAUUACCAGAUGGCAUUCUUUGUCACAUUCUUUCCUUCCUUGAUAUAACCGAGACUGUAAAGACCAGCGGUUUAUCACACAGAUGGAAGGAUGUGUGGGUUUCUUUUCCUACUCUUAAGUUCAAUGUACAAAACCCGGAAUCUGACAAAGGCCGUAGUGCAGGAUUUGUGGAUCAAGUACUUUCCCAUAGUGGAUCGUCAAGCAUUCAGCGGUUCGAACUUGUAUGUUACGGGGUGGAUGGUUAUUUUUCUCGUGUUCAUGAUUGGGUUUGCACUGCCCUUAGGCGUAAUGUUGUUGAGCUCCUCCUUUAUUUGUUUCCAAGUCCAGGGAAGCUUUAUGAGUUUCCUCAAAGCCUUUUCAAGUGCAAGACUUUGUCGGUUUUGAAGCUGAGGCUGCAAUUCAAUCUAAUUGCUAUUCCCUCAAACUCUGAUUGUUUUCUACAUCUCAAAAUCCUCCAUGUUACAGUCUGUUGCCCGAAUGCUGACUCAAUGAAGAAACUUUUUUCAUGUUGUCCAGCACUUGAAGAUUUGGUUAUAGAUGGACUUAUUUCAAAAAUCACCAGAGAAGAACGUCUCGUCUUGACCUUCACUGUCUCGGCACCUAAACUCAGAAGGUUACGAAUAUGUUUGCGGCGUGGUGCUAAGAACUACGUUUCUAUUAAUAUUAAUGCUCCACAUCUUGAAAAGUUGGAUCUCUUUGACAAUUUUUUGGUGGACUAUGCGUUGAAGAACGAAAAAUCCCUAAGCACAGCCAAGAUUGCUGUCCAAAUUCAUAAGAGAUCUCAGAAUGAUCACCUCGACAAUGAUUAUGCUGCUCGCAUGCAUAGGCUUUUUGCAGGAAUUAUGAAUGUCAAGUCUCUCUCUCUUUCAGCUCCAAUUUUGAGAGAUUCUGAUCCUAAAUUUCAACGUCUGCUGCCUACAUUUUAUAAUUUGAACCACUUGGAAGUACUUCUUAAAACGUGCUGCCCCUGGAAAUCAUUGAUAAAGUUGCUCGAGAUCUCACCCAAUCUGGAGAAUCUAGUCUUUGAAAAUAACGUCGAAUGUUAUACUGCUGAUGCCAAGAAUGAGCUCCAUGAAUGGUGUCCACCGAGCAUCGUGCCUAUUUGUUUGUUGUCAAGCCUGAAGUCUAUUUCCGUACGAGGAUACAAAUGGCGGCCAGAUGAGAUGGAAGUGGCAAAGUACAUGCUGGAGCAUGGUGUAGUUUUGAAGAAAGUGAUAGUUUAUACCAGAAGUAUCCCUAUGGAAAAACAAAUGGAGUUGGAGCAGGAGUUUUCAAAGUUCCCAAGGGCAUCAAAAACUUGCCAAAUUGAACUUGUGGAACUCAAAGCAAAAGGUUAGACCAUUACCAAAAGUGAACGGAAUCCUUUCUGUUCUGAUGGAACAUGAGUGACAUAACUUUGUAUUGUUUUUGGCUCUCCUUAAAUAAUCAUGGCGAAGAAAUUCGACACAAGUUCAUGCAAAACUAUGUGAGUCUACCUUUCCCAUUUAUGUGGAUGUGCGCAAUGUAGUCACUAAUCAGUUUGGACGAAGGAAUUUAAGAUGGGAGGACCAGCAACUUUCUUAUUUCAGGCUUUUCACUUUUCUUCUCAGGUGUACUCCACCAGCACUCAAAACUAAAUGAGAAGGUUGCUAGCAUUUUUUCAUUUAGUAUUACUAAGAA